AUGGACAGUGUUUCUUUAGUCGUAAAUAAAAUGCUCCAGCGAGCCGAAGUGGAGAAGGACUUUCUUUGUGUGGAUCUAGAUAACAGCACACCAGCAGCACCGACCAGUGGUGAAAUCAAUGAUUUAUACACUUUAGACCAUGGUUUGUCAUUCAACGACGAGGACCUGUACUUAGAUCUUAGCUGCACCGGAGAGAAUGUCCGUUAUGAGAUUGAUGAUGUACCAGAUUUACCUGUGGAGAUGAAAGAGAUUGGCAAGAAGUCGGGCAAGAAACAGAGUCAGAAGCGUGAUGAUAUCAGUGAUGAAAUGAAGCGUGAAAUGGAAAUAUUGCGAAUGAGACACAUACUGGAUCCGAAGCGUCACUACAAAGCUGGAGAUUGGAAGAAAGGGAUUCCGAAGAACGCUCAGUUAGGGACAGUCAUAGGGGAUUCGGCGGACAGAUAUUCAAACAUUUCACGUCGGUCGCGUCCGAAAAGCUUAGUUGACGAGCUACUGAAGAACGAGAGAUUUCGCAAGAGAAGCAAGGCUCAGUAUCUGAAGAUCCAGAAAGAGCGUGCCAGAAAACAUAAGAAUGUUAGCCGGCACGCAAAGAACAAGAUGCGACGUCGCUAG